AAUGUUCAAGAAGAAGAAAGCAAUCAACCUUUUAGCUUCAAGAAGAAGAGGGGAUAUUUAGUAGAAUGAGAAACAUGGACAAGGAAGAGGAAAGGGAAGACAAUAUGGAAGAAGUGAAGAGAAUUCCUCCAUGGACUAAACAUAUAACAAUUAGAGGAAUUGUAGCAAGUUUACUGAUUGGAAUCAUUUACAGUGUGAUAGUAAUGAAGUUGAAUCUCACUACUGGGCUAGUCCCUAAUCUCAAUGUCUCAGCUGCUCUUCUUGCCUAUGUAUUCAUCAAAUCAUGGACUAAGCUUCUUCAAAAUGCCAAUUUUGUUUCAACUCCAUUCAUUAGACAGGAAAAUACUAUUAUUCAUACGUGGGCAGUUGCAUGCCAUAGUAUUUCCGUUGGAGGUGGCUUUGGAUCUUAUCUUUUGGGAUUGAACAAGAAAACAUAUGAGCAGUCAGGGGCUGAUACACAACAAGGCAAUAUACCAGGGAGCUACAAGGAACCUGGUUUUGAUUGGAUGAUUGGUUUCCUGUUUGUUGUUAGCUUUGUUGGACUGUUAGCUUUAGUUCCACUUAGAAAGGUAUGUUCACUUCUUCUACUACCCCUUCCUUGA